AGUCGCACAGGGUAAGCGGAGGGCUCCGGCUGCUAAAGGGUUAAUGAGAGAGGUCGGACGAGAUGUUGGUGAGGAGUUGGGAGUGAGGGACAGACUUGAGGGGAGGAGGAUCAGGGUUUGACUUUGUUUUAUUUAGGAGCCCGGGGGAAGCAGCAGAGCGUGUCUGGGAGGCGAUAGAGUCAUAUGUAUAAUAUAUACCGACUCACUCAGCUGCCGCUCAUCUCUCCCAGCGACUGCGACACACGCACAGUGACAGGGGGCGACAUCGCAGGAAUAAAAUAGCGAGAGGCGCAGAGACAGCGCAGGGCUGAGGUGGUGGAAGUGGAAGACUUGGGCUACAAUAGCGAUAAACGCACAAGUUCAGUUUCUCCUGGACCAAGAAGCAACGCUAACCUGGGAGGGAACAGAAGCUGAGAGUGUUGCACAGCGAGUGACUGGAACAACAACACACGCCAUCCGCUUGUACCGACCAUCACCUGCGACUCGCUGCUUCUCUCCCUAUGGACUGCGACUCACUGCCUCUUCCUCCUCUUCACUGAUGGACAAGUCCCAGGACCUUUGUGUGAUGCUGAAACCCCCCCAAUCACCAGCAAUGGAGCCCCUACCCCACCAACCCUCUGCCUGGGAUCUGCUGUGAGUCUCUCCCGACCCCCCAAAUCCCAACACGUGUUCUGAUACCAUCGCCCCAUCGAUCCCUGUGGGUUAUUGGAACAAGAACUUCUCAGGCUGGGGACUGCGCAUCAUCUGAACUGCUUGCCAGAAGAGCUGCUACUUUAUCUCCCCGCCAGGAAGGAUACCAUCUAUUUUCUAUCAUUAUUUCUCUCUCAUUCACCGGAACUUGGCGAUUUCAAAGGCCGUCCAAAUGCAGUUUCAACUAUUUUCAUUUGCCCUGAUCGCCCUGAACUGUGUGGAUUACAGUCACUGCCAAGCCAAUCGCUGGAGACGGAGCAAGAGAGCCAGCUAUGGGACCAACCCGAUAUGCAAAGGUUGUCUGUCCUGCUCGAAAGAUAAUGGGUGCCUCCGCUGCCAGGCGAAACUGUUUUUCUUUCUGAGAAGAGAGGGUAUGAGGCAGUACGGAGAGUGUCUGCAGUCCUGCCCUCCCGGAUACUUUGGGGUCAGAGGACCUGAUAUGAACAGGUGUUCCAGAUGCAGAAUUGAAAAUUGUGACUCUUGUUUUAGUAGAGAUUUUUGCAUAAAGUGCAAAUCUGGCUUUUACUCCCACAAGGGGCAGUGCUUUGAAGAAUGCCCAGAAGGAUUUGCACCACUGGAUGACACCAUGGUGUGUGUGGAUGGCUGUGAAGUAGGGCCAUGGAGUGAAUGGGGGACAUGCAGCCGAAAUAACAGAACGUGUGGUUUCAAAUGGGGCUUGGAGACCAGAACGCGACAAAUUGUGAAAAAACCAGCCAAAGACACCAUCCCCUGCCCAACUAUUGCUGAAUCCAGAAGAUGCAAGAUGACGAUGAGGCACUGCCCUGGAGGAAAGAGAACUACGAAGAAGAAGGACAAGAGGAACAAGAAGAAGAAAAAGAAGUUACUGGAGAGGGCCCAAGAGCAGCACAGUGUUGUCCUUGCUACAGACCAGUCCAGCCAAUAAAGAGACAAUUCCAUUUUCUUUUUUUUUGCUAAGUGCACAAUGGCUGCUACAUGCUCUUGCACACUAAUGAACUGCGGAACCGCUGCUUUAACAGUAUUGGUUGCAAAUAACAUGUGAACUGAUUCACAAAGUUGUUUGUGUUAUUUAUACAUUUUUUAAAUUUUUUUUUUCUCAAUCCGGAACUUCCAAGAAGGAGUGAACGCUGAGUUGAAUCAGUGUUGUAGUUGGGACAAAGAAUUUUUUUUUUUUUAAUUAUUAUUUCUUUGGUUUUUAAUGUAAUGCCUGUGAUGGGCACUUCCAGAAAUGUUUUGGAAAAUGAACUGUUGUAGAAUUGCAGAAGCACUCCACGACUUCUCUGUAUAUUUCUGUGAAAGGAAAAAAAAUAGAAUAAAGAAACCCGUUGGAGGGAGCGAUCCAAUAUAUAUAUUUUUCUUGUUUUACAUACUGUACAUUUCACGAUUGUACAUGAAAUAUUUGUUUAGAUGAUGUGUGUUCCCAGCGCCUAUUAUAACAGUUGUAUAAUAACUGUUUAAGCUAAUAUACUGUACUACAGAGGUAAUUGUAUUUUGUCCCAUGUAGCCUAUCAGUUAUUUGUACAUAGUGCUGAGAAGCUACACAUAAUAAACUUAUUUACUGUGUAAAAA